ACUUGUAUUCUCAAUCCCAAACUCGCACACACACAAUACGCACCCCUCACAGAAAUACACGCACUGUCUGCUGGGGACCUUCACCGGUAGCAAAGCAGUCAGGUAUCUGUGAGCCACCAGCUGGAGUCUCAGGAGUUUCAUCCACUUUGAAUGUCGCGAGCCUGUGCAGGCCCGCUGCUCACUUUACUGCUGACAGAGGUUUUACCAGACAAGUGUUGGAUAGUCAUCAGAAGAGAAGAUACUACAGCUUUGUAACCCUUGUUUCAUGAAGAUGUUUCCUUGGUCCGCUGUUUUCUCCCUUGAGCCUAAAGUGCCCGGCCAGCGAACAACUGAGGAGCUGGUAACCAACACCCUGAUGCUGGAGCUUGGGGCCAUGGUGAAGCGCACUGAACGCAUCCGCUUGGAGAGGGCGACGGAGGGUCGUCGCCGCCGUCGCAGCUCUUCCUCUACAGCAGACUACAGCUGGCUGGCAACCACCCCGACCCCACAGCCCUUUGAGCUCACUCCCAAUGACCUGCUGGAGCUGCAAGACCUCUGUGCCAAAAUCCCUCCUGCACAGUGUGGGCCUGUGAUUGUCAGGUUCAGGAGGCUGGUGUCACAGAUGGAGCCCGAGGUUCACGAGGUUCCUCGGCUCUUUCGCUCAGUGCUGCGUGACUGUGUGGAUGAGGCGAACGGAAACGAUGAGGUUCCGACCCAGGAAGUGGUGUUUGAGAAGCAGCAGCGCAGCAAAAGCCUCUCCUUUGUCACUUUCCGCACAAAAUUCCGCACGGGGUAUUUCCCAAAGGGCAGCAACUUGAGAGGCUCCAGGGGGAACCUGCAGCAGCAAGUGGAAUGGUCUGAUGAGGAGGAGGAUGGAGAAGGGGAGGAGGAAGCAAUCAAAGCCAGGGCGAGGAAGGGAAGGAGUAAGAGCAUGCCAGAGAUCACCCCUAUAGAGCAGAGUGCUCAUGGGUGAGAGAAGUGGGGGGAGUCAGGGGAGAAAUAAAGCAGAGGGACAUGUGCAAGGGAGGGGAGGAGAAACUAGGAGAGUCACAGAGAAGACUAGGUGAGCCCAGAUUGUACAAGACAAGGAUUAAUGAGGAAGAAAGGGAGAAGUGGAAGUAGCUGCCAUUAAAAAAUGGGUCAAAUAAAAAUCUUGAAAACUUAAAAAAAUUUUCUUCCUUAUUUCAAAAGAUGAAGAAAAAAAUUCAAGAGAAAGGACUUAAGUAGAUUUGCUCACUGGCAGCUUUAGGUAAAUCUAAAAGAAUUAUGGUUCUGGCUUUAAGAUGUCAGCAGCCUUUUGUGGUCCUGGUGGGUAAAUUAGAAACUGCUGAUACUGUUUUACCUACAUAAGACCAAAAAUACUAAAGGGAAUAAAUAGCUGUUCCAAAUCUGACACGACCUGUUAUGCUCAUUUCCAUAUUUCAAGUACCUUUUCCUGAUUUCCAUUUCAAAAUAAUCCUGCUUUGUCUCAUUCUGGGCCUGGAACCAGUUUUUAUGUUAGCUCAUCUCCCUUUAAAACCACUUUUGUCUGGUAACGGAUGGGUGAGGUUUCUGUAUCUGAAGUGGUAAAUACAGAUCCUCCUCCUUUUGACGGGACCCUUGCCACAGCAGAUCAUCUGCCUCCAUCUCAUCCUAUCAUAAACACAUCACAUGAACUAAAACUUGUUACAUAACAGGACAGCUUUCUUCUGUAGACUCAGCAGCCACAGUUUGGCUCCAGAUCACCAGCUCAGUUAACAGAUGCUCUCCCAUCAAGUAAAGCAGAAAAUAAUUAGACUCACGUAUGAUUUUAUUGUAAUACAACAUGUACUUAAGAUAAUAAAUAACCAAUUUUCUGAUCUUGUCUGUGCAAUUAAAACACUUCUUUUACACAAAAAUGUCUUCUUUUUUUGUUUUAAAUAGAUGUUUAGCUAACAUUUGAGGCUAAUGUUUAAAUGCAUAUCUGUCUGUCUGCAUUGUUAUAAAUGAAAAUAAAGAAUAAAAGGCCAAAUAUAAACUGCAGCAUUUGUUACAGCUAAUUAAAGCUCUGCUGACUAAUCCUCUUAUCCCAAGAAAAUCCCACACGUGAAUGCCAGCACCCCAUUACUGUUUUAUUAAUGCACACUUUAUCAAUACAUCUUCAUAACUAUUUCAACUUUAUACACUGAAGUCAAGGCAUUUGGCUAAAAUUAAAAAAAAAAAAAAGAAGGAAAAAAAAAAAGAAAGGGCAAAAGAAAAAAAAGGGAAAAAAUGUUUCUUUUAAAAAGUUGUGGUCAUUUAAAUAACAUCCUGUACAUUAGGUAGAUAAUGGAUGCGCACAGGCAUCCAACCAGACACUUCCAGGGAACGUGGCCGAUCGUGUGACUUUACAACCAGCGCUUACCCCUUCAUACGCACUGAUCCUCCUGCAGCACUCAGUAAGUGAGGUUUAAACCUUUUCUUCCAUUAAACCUCUGCGAAGGCUGCUCACCACACAGCUUCAUUUAAAACAGUGCCGUUAUAUAACAUUUCUCACAGCUCACCCUUCAGUUACACUGCAAACCUCCCUUCAUCUGGCUAUGACUGCCUACUUGUGCCACAGCGAGUUUCCUUGUAUUGUGUCACAGUUCAACAACGGUACCAAUUUGGCAAAUGAAACAAAACAGCAAAUAAAGAUUAAAAAAAAAAAAAA